GGCGAUAAGUCUGUCAGAGUUAUGCGUUCGCUGUUGGCAGCCCAGCAGACAUUUGUAGAUCGGCUGGUUCAUGUAAUGAAAGCAGUGCAGCGUGAAAGUGGGAAUCGUAAGAAAAAGAAUGAGAGGCUUCAGGCAUUGUUAGCAGAUAAUGAAAAGAUGAAUUUAGCAGAUAUGGAACUCAUUCCACUUCCUCUGGAACCUCAGGUGAAAAUUAAAGGGAUAAUCCCUGAAAAAGCCACACUCUUCAAGAGUGCCUUAAUGCCUGCACAGUUAUUCUUCAAGACAGAAGAUGGGGGCAAAUACCCUGUAAUUUUUAAGCAUGGUGAUGAUUUACGUCAAGAUCAACUUAUUCUUCAGAUUAUUUCACUCAUGGAUAAGCUGUUAAGAAAAGAGAAUCUGGAUUUGAAGCUGACACCCUAUAAAGUGCUGGCAACUAGUACAAAACAUGGCUUUAUGCAGUUUAUCCAGUCCGUACCAGUUGCAGAAGUUCUUGCUACUGAGGAAAGUAUACAGAACUUCUUCAGAAAACAUGCACCUAGUGAGACAGGCCCUCAUGGGAUAAGUGCAGAGGUGAUGGACACAUACGUUAAGAGCUGUGCUGGUUAUUGUGUAAUUACUUACAUCCUUGGAGUUGGAGAUAGACAUCUGGAUAAUCUUUUGCUAACAAAAACAG